UCAGCAGACAACAAACAAGAGCAGGAAUCCCUACAGAUGGAGCUGUAAGAAUCGUCCGCAAUCAUUGUGGAGAAGAGUAGCCUACUUACUGCUCGCGCUGCCAGUGGGAAGGAAAGCAUCCUGGACUAAAUUACUUGCGCUGGAACAGGACUAAAGGAUAUAAUUUGAACACUUCUUCAAUUCUGGGAUUACAAACACGUAAGGGACAAACUGGACAUCUGCACGGAGGUAUCUGGAAGGAUCUAAAAGCAGAUCGGGGUCAAAAGGGAAGAAAGGAAAACACACGUACCAGCAGGGCAGCGCUCAACUAGAGUCACAAGGGAGCACAACGCUGUGAAUUCUCAAGGCACCCCGCUGUCAGGCCGUAUUUCAGGUCAAAGAUGACACUGUUAAGGAUAAGACAUUUCCUGUGGAUAUUUUAUGUGUGCUGGGCAGUCGCUGAACAUGAGCCCCUCUGGCAGAUGAAGGUGCACAAGAGUCCCCCGGUCAGCGGCUCUCUGGCGGGGAAAGUGGUGCUGUCCUGCCACUUCUCCACCGUGCUGACCACAGCCUCCACCCUCAGCCCCACCUCAGCCAAAACCACCCCCGCUGCCAACCCCGACUCCAGCACCGCCGCCCCAGACCACCUCCGCAUCAAGUGGACCAAGCUGGAGGAGGACGGUGAGAGCACGGUGCUGGUGGCCCAGAACGGGGUGAUCAAGAUCGGGCCGGCCUACAAGGGCAGGGUGUCUGUGCCCAGCCAUCCGGAGGUUGUGGGGGAUGCCUCCCUGACCAUGGUCAGGCUGCGGGCCAGCGACGCUGGGCUGUACCGCUGUGAGGUCAUGUACGGCAUCGAGGACACCCAGGAAACCGUCUCUCUGGACGUCACUGGUGUCGUUUUUCAUUACCGGGCUCGCUCCAGCCGUUACACGCUGGACUUCGCCGAAGCCAUUGAAGCCUGCCGGCACAUCGGGGCCUCCAUCGCCACGGCCGACCAGCUGUGGGCCGCGUACGAGGACGGCUUUGACCAGUGUGAUGCAGGCUGGGUCGCAGACCAGACUGUUCGAUACCCAAUCAAGAGGCCCAGGUCUGGUUGCUAUGGAGACAAAUAUGGAAGGCCUGGCGUCAGGACAUAUGGACUCCGAGAGCCCAGCGAGAAAUAUGAUGUGUACUGUUAUGUGAACAAACUUCAUGGUGAGGUUUACUUCUCAGCCGCUAAGAUGACCUUGGAGGAGGCCAGGAGGGACUGUGAGGGCAGAGGGUAUGUGCUGGCCUCCCCAGGUCACCUCCAUGCGGCCUGGAGAAAGGGCCUGGACCGCUGUGACUACGGCUGGCUCUCAGACGGCAGCGCCCGCUACCCCAUCUCUGUGCCCCGGACCCAGUGCGGAGGGGGGCUCCUGGGCGUCCGGACCUUGUACCAGUACCAGAACCAGACCGGCUUCCCCAAGCCCACCGAGAAGUUUGGGGCCUUCUGCUUCCAUGGUCAGGACCCUGUGACCCCGGAACCCAUUACAACGGUGUCUCCCAGCUUGGUCAGCUCUGGGAAACUAGAGUCACGCACGACUCCAAUUCCUGUUGGCACAACACCCCUGCCAGAAGCCCCCUCCAUGUUCUCUACGAGCAUGGCUCCCUCACGAGAAAGGGGCUCCCUCGGGUUGGUCACCCUUCCCCCUGAGGCUACCUUCACCGUCCACGAAUUUGACGUGGAGGACUUCAUCAGCGAGACCCACGGCAAGCUAGAGUCCAUUCCUCGGGGUGACGCACUGGAUCGGGCGAUGCUGCCCCCACUGCCCACGAUGAGGAGUUCCCCACCCUACCUGGACAUCGCCGAGGAGGAAGACUCCAGCCCCGGCCUUCCCCUGGGGGUGAAGUCAACGACGGCUUCCCCUAGAGCACAGGGGGUCCAGGAGGGCUCCAGAGUGGAGCACCCUGCGGAAGACGGAAGCUCAGGGAGUCCUGAUUCAGAGUCAAAAUCGGGAGAAAGGGAAACGGAGAAAGAGCCAUCUUCCCCGCACCACGACUUGGCAAAACCAGCCAUCGUCUACAAGGAAGAGAAGGAGGGCUCAGCCGACAGUGAUGUGUCAAAAGAUGUUCCAAAGGCAGAGACAGUCAGCGUCACCACGGAGGUAGUCGUCAUUGAGGAGUCUACGACCAGAGUGCCAGGGCUGUUUGAGGAGGCUGCCAAGGUUAAGGUCGAGGUCGAUUCAGAAUACCUCACACCAUCCACAGUGCCUCACACCGUGGACAAACCAUUGGACAUCCACGAUGUGGCCAUACCCACAAAGUUUCCAUUCCAUCUCCUCAUUGUCAAAGCUGAAGAAACUAACCAAUCAGUUGAUCCCAUUUUGGAGUUCUUAGGAGAGCCUCUCGGCAUUGGAUCUCCAGAUAUACCAACCCCAGCAAUUGAUAGUGAACUCCUCUUGGGUAGCGGAGACAAUGAUCUCUUUCCUUCUUCUGCCACCACUGUCCCAACCCUGAGCUUUAUUAAUGGGAAACAUGAGUUGACGCUGGAACCUGAGAGAGUCCAAGAAGCCAGAGGAGAUAAAUUUGAGAGUGUGUCUCCAUCAGAGAAUGAAGUACCCCAGUUUGAAGGGCCUGAAGACUUUCCACAGGAGACAACAAUAUCAUUUGACUACGCCAUCAUUAUAACUGGUGCUCUGCCUGAAGAAGAAAAUGUCUCAAGGGAAUCUGUGUCAGCCAAGCCUGGAACCUUAAUCUCAACCACCCUUGAGCAUGAUGACAAAGACUCCAUAGGAUCGGACACAUUUGUGGAGUCUGUUCCUCCCCAACGUCCCUUGGAAAAAGAAGAAGCAUCAGGGGAGGAACCUAAAAUCAAGGAGACUACAUCAACCCAUGCUCCCGCAACAGUUGGACCGAGCACCCCAUUAGGUACAACACCAGGAAAAGAUGCGUCUCUCGCAGAAAAAGAGAUAUCCCCAGAUGUCUCAACACACAGAACUCUCAUGGAUGAAGACUUGGAAGGAUCCACUGGCCCAGAAGGCUCAGGACAUGAAGAUUCAGCUGUGCCCACAACUGAAUCUUUCAGACAAAUAGCAGGGGUAACAGAUGAGGCAGAAAUUUCAGAGUCAGGGAAAGCCUCAGAGGAUGUGGGUGUAGAGUUUACCACAAAACCCCCAAUUAAAGUUUUCUCUGGUACUACUAGUGGUCCUCCUGCAGACACCAGACAACAACCAGAAGCUUCCGGGGACUUUGAAGGCUCCACUUCAGCUGAAGAGGAAGGCUCCACAUCAGACUUGUAUCCACCAACCUCCAUUGAAGAAGAGUCUAAGAAGGAUGUGCAUAAAGCUGUGACACCUCUAGAAGUCCCAAGCACAGCUAAGACUGUUACCGAGACUUCAGGUGAUCAAACUGCUGAGAAGCUUCCCAAGACGACUUCUGUGACAAAAUCACCUCUGCUGCUGGACACAAAGGUGGAAUCCACAACUAUACAUGUGAAGAUUGAUGUAAAAACUCAGGAAACAUUGAGCAUAAAGGAGAGUUCAGGAGAAAAAAUUGAUGCUGAGCAUCCUGUUGCGAUACCAACUCCAACGAGCAGCUAUAUCAAAACUGGUUUAGAAGAAAAGUUGGCCGAGGAAAAGCACGAUGAGGAAAAGCCUUUCUCAACUGCAACGAAGAGCACGGAAAAACAUUGCACAGGUAAUGAGGACGUUUGUAAAGAGAGGCCCAUCAUUAAUGUUGAUACCUCUUUGAUAGUUGAGUCUUCCCCGUCUCCUUUCCCCAUCCAUACUGAGGAAGCAGUGGGCAUGGCUGUUGCAACCAUCACCCCAAAAACAUCAUCUGAAGAGACCCGGGAGCUGGAAGGAUCUGGUGAAGUCUUAGCUCCUGAUUCUAAGCACGUGCUGUCAAAAUCUACCCCUGCCCAACCAACAACUACUUCCAGCUCCUUGGAAGAAUUUUCCGGAGACAAUUUGACUACUGCCCAGCCUGAAGUGGUCAUUUAUGUAGAGGCCACCAUCAUCCCGAAACCUGAUGCUACACCAGCCGAAGACUCUUUCCAGCAAGUAGUGGCCGAGGUCACUUCAACACAUCUGCCAUUUGCUGAUAAGGUACUUGUGGAAACUGGGCCUAUAACUACAAAGCCUGAAUCCACAUCUUCUUCCAGUUCUGAAGAGCGACGUCAUCCGUCUCUAACUCCAGGCGCAGAAGUCGUAAAAUCGGAGUCUUCCAGCUCCGAGAGCUCUUCAGGGGAAAUGGAGGCAGGAAAAGAGAAAUCCUCAUCAGAGGCCGCUAUCACCAGCUCCACAGUGGCGUCCACUACAACGUUGGAAGAUUAUGAAGUCCUGGACUAUGAUAACACCGCAGGCUCGUCACUGCUUCAGGCUGGGCCUCCUCUCGGACUGGACACCACCGUGGCACCUGAGACGGGAACAGACCUCGGAUACACCAUUGAGGGUCAGACUGUUGACAUACCAGGUGUUCAUUCUUGUACUGAAAACAAGUGCCUGAAUGGAGGUUCAUGCUAUAAGAGGGGAGAAUCCUAUAUCUGUGCUUGUGCCCCUGGCUACAGCGGGGUACGCUGUGAAACAGAUAUUGAUGAGUGCCAGUCCAACCCCUGUCGAAAUGGUGCCACCUGCAUAGAUGGAAUAGACUCGUUCUCAUGUGUCUGUCUUCCAAGCUAUGCAGGAUCACUCUGUGAACAUGACACGGAGACCUGUGACUACGGGUGGCACAAGUUCCAGGGUCACUGCUACAAGUACCUGACGCACCGCCGGACCUGGGACGCCGCGGAGAGAGAGUGUCGCCUGCAGGGAGCGCACCUCACCAGCAUCCUCUCGCAGGAGGAGCAGCUGUUUGUCAACCGCUUGGGGCAUGACUAUCAGUGGAUUGGCCUGAAUGACAAGAUGUUCGAGAAUGAUUUCCGCUGGACAGAUGGCCGUCCCAUGCAAUAUGAGAACUGGAGACCAAACCAGCCAGACAGCUUCUUUUCCACGGGCGAGGAUUGUGUGGUGAUGAUCUGGCAUGAGAGUGGGCAGUGGAAUGACGUGCCCUGCAACUACCACCUGACCUUCACCUGCAAGAAGGGCACAGUGGCUUGCAGCCAGCCCCCGGUGGUGCAGGACGCCCGAAUCUUCGGGAGCAUGAGGCCUCGUUACGAGAUCAACUCUCUGGUGCGUUACCACUGCAAGGACGGCUUCAUCCAGAGACACGUGCCCACCAUCCGCUGCCGUGGCGAUGGCCAAUGGGACGAGCCCAAAAUCUCCUGCAUCAGCCCUUCCACCUACCAAAGGACAUACUCACCAAAAUUUCAAUCUAACAACUUCUACAACAACGCCAAGAGGAGAUUCGAUGAGUCAGCUCGACAUGUACACCGCUGGGCCCUCAGACAGGAGAAAAAUAACCACUGAUCCCUGCGAGUCCCCCAUGGCACAAGCGUGGAAUAUGCUUUUUCCUGACAGACAGCUGAAAAAUAGAAUGCAUCAUCAGGUGCCUUUCGAAUGUUUCACAACCAUUUCCGCCAUUUUGUUUUUCCUAAAAAGGCCGAAUCCAAGGACAACCAAAGGGACUCUGUCAGCUGGCCCUGAAUAAUCUCUCUAUCUCUGUCUGCCAUUGGUUGACUCGCAAAGUCCCUUUGCUGGAGAAUUUUAAUGUACUUUUAUUUUCUUCCUCUCUGAUUUAACAGGAAUUACUUAUGAUCUCAUGUCUCCUAUCUAUGACUCCUGUUCACAUGGAGCUGAUAAUUACAAACUUACAUUGUGAGGCAAAAUACCUGGAACAUUAUUGAAAGGGGAAAGAGUCAAGGGAAUAGCAGCAUACUGUAUGUAAAUAGGCAACAGUGGAAAGCUCAAAUAAUGUAAAUAAUCAGUACAUCAAAUGAAAAAAACACUUAAACUGGUUCUUAAGACUUUCACCUUCAGAGAGACUGAUUACUGUUCCAUAAAUGGGCUCACACUUCAGCAGCUUCUGUACAUGAGCAUAGAAUUUACAAUAGAAACAAAUAAUGUGACAGGCACAACGCAAGGUUUUAUCUUAAAUAUCAAAUGUCAGUGUCAAAUUUUCUAAUAAAUUCAGAGAUCAUGCACAUGCUUCUGUCAUGUGACAUUUUAUGUUUUGAAAGGAGGGCCACACUUCCUGUGGAAAUGAGAUUGCGCACAGUGUGAGGAGAACUGUGUGAUCUGUACUGACUGUGUUAGGAGCAAGCCAAUAGGACUGCAGGUCUGACCCAAUCAGAUUUCACAUUUCUGGCAGGAACGUUGAACAGCAUUUUGAACCGCACAUACAAGUAAAUAUAGGAAUCUACAUUUUAAAUAGUUUUCUUAUAGAAUUUAUAAUAAGUUAAUAAGUGGGUUCUUGUUUGUGUAUAUAACCGUUUUAAUAUGUUUGUUUCAUUUAUAGUAUGAUAAAAAAAAGUUGCAAGAAAACUUACUUUGAAUGUUAGUGCCUGACUGUUGCUUGCAGAGAACUUCCAACUCUGACAUUAGAACUUAAAGUGAAACCACAGAGAUUUAGUUUAUUGGAUAUUCUAUACAAGGGUAAGGGGAAUUUUUUAUAAAGAUAAUAUAAAUUUAUAUUAACAUCCACUAUUUGCUUCUGAAUUCCUUGCCAUGUCAAUAGAAAACUGCUAUUUCGCCUUCAUAUUUAAUAGUGACUUUGCUUUGCCAAUAACCGAGGGUCUUAAUGUGUGUAAGCUGCUCCAGCUUCAUCUACGCUUAAUAGAAUGUACUUUAUGGAAAAAAAAAACUCAGAGACUUGAACAAUUGCUUUUGAUGAGAGCUGCAAAUAAUUUAUUUUAACACACUUUUUCACAUGUGUAGGUAUCCUGGAGAAGCAAUGAUAUAUUUUCAUGGCACAGUUUUGAUAGAGAUGCAGAAAUAUAUUUAUGCAAUGCAGGAUAUACGAUGAAAACACAAGGCCUCGUUACAGUUUAUCCUAAAUGUGACUUUGUCCUUAAAUUGAAUGAAAAUAUGCUCUGCACUUUUUAUUGGAAAGUGAAUCCUUUCAUCAGUUGUUUCAACCUUGAUGCUAUGGAAGUGCUGAAUAACGGUACUGUUUUUACAGCUGAAAAGCAUGUUGUGGAUAGACUUGAACUGAGGCCAAAAUACAAGUCAUUGUAAUAGAGAUGGUGCUGUAGGAUUCAUUCACAAAGACAUGUAGAUGACUUAGUCCGGGCUUAGUGUGGAAACCAAAGCCCCAGAUUCACUGUGUCCAUCAGUAAGCCAUCGGCUCAACACUGAAACCUUUUUAUAAACUUGUGUUGCACAAGAGAUUCAUGUCAAUCCAUUUGUCUCGUCCCCACCAGCAAUGUCCGGAAUUAAAACUGUUUUUUUGUUUCUUUUAUUUUCUCCUUUUUUUGUCUUGUGUUUUAUCAUUAAAAUGCACAUUUAUUUGUAUUUAUAUCAUAACUUUAUUGUAUAAUGUGAAUGUCUGGGAUGUUUGUGAAUUAUGCUUUGUGAAGACUUUUACCUUUUUGUACAUGCUCUAUGUCACCAAAGAAGGCCACCCAUUUUAAUACAUUAUUUUGUGUCUACUGUU